AUGGCCCAGAAGGAGGACAUGGAAAAGAAAAUCAAUACCCUUGAGAAACACUACCUCGCCACACAGCGUGAAGCCACUUCUGUGCAUGACCUCAAUGAUAAACUUGAAAAUGAAAUUGCAAAUAAGGAUACUAUGCAUCAACAGAUGCCCCACUUGGACAGCGCAGCGGACUUCAGGUUCCCUGUUGUGGACGGGCCGGCAGACUCCCCCGGCAGCGGGGCGGUGCUGCGGCGCCCCCAGAAAGGCCUGCUGGCAGUGCUGCACGACGGGCUGUCCAAGGCAAGGACCCCCACCGCCACCCUCUUCCCGUCCCUGGUGGUCACCUUGUGA